AAAAUUUAAAAUUAAUUUCAAACGUUAAUGUAUCUAAUGGGCUGGGCUUAGAUACACAUGGCGGCCUCAGAAGUUCAUGAAGUCAAGAAAGACGCUCCUCUAGAAGGAGAAGAAGAAAAGAAACAGGAAGUAGAGCCUUACACUGUUGAUAGGGAAAAGACUUGCCCUUUUUUACUAAGAGUCUUUUGUAAUGAAGGAAGACAUCACAGACUGGAUAGUUUCAUGAGAGGAAAUGUACCUUCAAAUGAACUACAGAUCUACACUUGGAUGGAUUGUACAUUGAGAGAACUGAUGUCUCUUGUAAAGGAAGUUAAUCCUGAUACCAGACAAAAGGGAACACUCUUCUCCUUUGCUACAGUGUAUCCUGAUAACAGGAGAGGAGGAUUUAGACUCAAAGAUUUAGGGCAGACCUGCUCUGGUAGGAGAGGCAGCGAUGAUAGCAUUACUCUUUAUUCAAGAAAGUUCCAGAUUGGGGAUUAUCUUGAUGUUGCCAUUUCUACUAGGCCAAUACGAGUUGGUGGGCCUGGAGGAAGAGACAGACCUUACUAACUACUCAUACUCUACUUGUUGUAAACUUUUUGAGACUUUGUUUUACUAUAAAACUUGCAAAAUGUUUCAAAAUAUUUGCUGUAAAAUAAA